AUGUAUCGCGAAAGCCACGAUUUCGCACUUGCAUCGAAGGAGAAACAUCCACGUAAAUAUCUCGUCCUGUACCAAACGGACUUCGAAGAGCCACUGAAGUCCAGUGAGUACCUGGAUGGCGUACGGCAUACAAGUGAGAUGUGGCCGCACCAGAAAGAAAAUUCCGAGAACGGGGAUUUCGAUGCCAGGAACUACAAGCUGAUCCAGAAUUACGAUCCCGAUGGAAGGGGAGACGCUGCACCGCCAUUUAUCCUCACCGUCGAAAUGGAUCCGGUAGACGAAACUGACUUCGAUCGAUGGUACCGCGAAGAGCAUCUCGACAUGCUCCAUAAAUUACCUGGAUACCGGCGAUCUUUGCGAUAUGUGAUUGGCCCCGAAACACCACUUACCGUGGGACAACCUCCGAAGUAUCUGGCCGUUCACGAAAUUGAAAAUUUGCGUGCCUUCGACGGAAAAGAGGCAGAGGCAGCCAACACAACUCCUUGGACCGUGAAGCACCUCAAGGAAAGCAAGGCCUUUGUCCCCAGAGGUUGGGAGUUGAUUUAUUCGCAAGGAUUUUAA